AUGUCUACGGAAUCUGCCAUGAUGCCAUCUCGAACAACAUCUGAACCAAAUGAAGAUUCUGUUGAACUCGGAGACAAUAACACAACAAGAACGCGUACGAACGAAACCGGAUGGAUCAGACUGUUCGUUCAUUGUGAUCAAAUGUUUGGUGGAGGUUUGCUUCAUAUAUGUUAUCGAGUAUUUGAUGUUAUUCUUCUCUUGAUUGGACUCAACCAAGGUGAUCAGACAUGUCACAUAUCAAAUAAUCUCACAUCGACAACAUUAACAUUAUUAGUAUUUUAUUUAAUCGAUUUUGGUAUUAUUUUUCUAAACUUCUUUCGUUGUAUUCUACCGAGUCAUCAUCGCUUAACUGAAGAAGAAAAAUCUGAACAAUCACGACGUGUCUCAUCAUUACGCAGCCUUUUUCUCGUUUUUAAACUAAUACCUGUUCUCUUCGGUAUCGGGCACAUCGUUAUUUCAAAUAUUCCGCAAGAUAUCGAAUGUCAAACAAUGAGAUUUUGUGUAGGGAUGGUUUGUUUCAGUACCAUUCUACUUAUGAUUAUGCCGCCGACUAAACCAGUUCUACCUCAACGGCGUUCAUGUCGUCUUGAAUGCUUCAUUAUAUCCUUUGUUCUAUUUGUUAAUGGAAUGUAUUUUCUUUCCGUAAGUUUAGCAAUGAGAAAUGUCGAGCAAAGCACGUGUAUUUAUGGAAAUGCAUCGAGUUUAUAUACAGGCGCACCGUUGAAAACCUAUGGAUCAAUUGGUUUGAUUAUAUUCAGUUGUACAACAGCUAUACACAUCAUCAAUGGUCUCAUUAGUCAAUUAUGUAAUCGAUUAACUAGUGGACGUCGAAUUUAUUCAUAUUAUUAUGCUUUUCAAUAUUUUCUAACUUAUUUUGCUUCGUUCGUUAUUAUUUAUUAUCUUGCGGCUGGAGCUUUGUUUUUAUUUCAUCCACGCUCGGGCCAACCUUGCCGCCUUGAUGCGCCGGCACUAUAUCGAGUUCUGCUAAUAUGGGAAUGGAUACGAGUGUUGACGCCAUUGGUAGCUGUACCAUUAUUUUUAAUUCUUUGCUGUGUCGGAGUGUUCUUCGGAUUUGUUUUAAGUUAUUGUUUGCCAGCGUCGGUAACUGUUCCACUUCUCGAAGUUAUACGAAAUUGGUUAUCGUCUGCUCCUGUGCAUAUUCCUCGAGAUCCACCAGCGACUCAAGCAGGUAUUGAUGCCAUCCCCGUGGUGUUAUUUAGUAAAGAACCUGAUCCGUACAAUCAAACUGAAUGUGCAAUAUGUCAAACGAGCUUUAAAAUCGAUGAACACGUUAAAAAACUUCAAUGUGGACAUUUCUUUCAUUCAGAAUGUGUUCGCACUUGGUUAUCUAUUACAGGUAUUUGUCCUGUUUGCCGACAUCGGACGUGA